CUGAAAACUCAGCCACAAUAUACACAUAAAUAUCAGUUAUUUGAUUUCAUUUCACCACGAUGCGCAGCCAUUUUUAAUUAAAAUUUCAUCACCUUGUCUCAGUCCUCGGACAUCUGGCAGGCUGCCGUUUAGGCGGUUGAUUGCGCAAUGGUUUAUCACCAUCACAACCACGAAAGUCGGAUAAUACACUGCGGCAAACCGGGAGGAAGGAGCCUACUGCUCGCCAUCAUUGUGGUGGCAGCCACAGUGGGUUCCCUGAUUUUACAAGAAGUCGAAGCCAACGAACAAAAUGCACCACCGAUUCUGUAUCUUCGUGACCGCAACUGGCGGAUAUCGGAGACGGAGAGAGUCGGCCAGGUAAUCGAGCAAGUCCGGGCGGAGGAUGCCGAUGGCGAUGAUCUGAUAUUCGGUCUUGAGCCCCGCUUCAUUCCACCCCCAGGGAGUGGGGGUGCUGCCAGUACACCCGAAAAAAUACCCUUUCACAUUGAUCCGAAAAAGGGAAUUGUCUAUCUCAACGAAAGUCUGGCGGGAAGGGCUGGCCAGAAUUUUCUCAUCUACAUAACUGUCACCGAUGGCCGGUAUACGGCCAAGAACGAGGUUUUCAUCAAUAUCCUGGGCGAGAGGGACAACAGCUACGGCUAUCGACCGCAGACCUCCAUUUCGAACGUGGUGCACAACAUAUCGCAGUUCCUGCCCCGCUUUGACCAGCUGCCUGGUGUCCAGUCCAUUCGGAAUGGACGGCCCAACAGUCGCUUUCCCCCAGUGCCCCCACCGAGUGGCGGUGGUAUAUUCGGGCCACCACAGUUCGGUAACUACUACCCACCGCCACCACCGUCACUACCCUCUGGUCCUGAUCAGAGCAACAAUGAACCGGCGGCAGCGGCAGAGGUGCCACCCGAGACGAGCUCCAGCAGCACGCCAAAGAGCCGCACCAAGUUGACGCCAAUAACUGGCAAUAAUUCGACGAGGGUCGAGCAAGUCCCCACAGAGCCACCCACUCCACCCAGUGGCGUUGGCAGUAAUAACAACACCAUCACCGUCUUCUCCAUCAAGUCCGGAACGAUACCCAUUGUGGUGACUAUUGGCGGCUUCAUAGCCGCCACUGCGGUCCUGUUCGCGUAUCUCUGCCGUCGACGGCUGUGCGCCAUCAGCAGGACCCUCAAGAAGUCCAAGGAGAAGGAGGAGCUGGCCAAAAAGUCCAAUCCCAGUCAGCUGAGCAGUACACUCACCGACGACAGCCGCAACUCGAUGGUCAUGCAGCAGUGGCAGGGACCGGUGGCCUUUGCCAAUCGUUAUGUACCCUGGGAGCGGGAUCAGCAGCUGGGCAUUGCAACGUCCCAGUUAUCAACAGGUGUCACCAGCGGCGGAGAUGCCAACGCAGGAGUGCCCAUGGCCGGGACAGGUGAGAUCCCAGGCUCCGCCACGGGCCCAGGAUGCGUGGCAGGUGCUGGCACUUCCGGCGCCCUGGAAAAUGGCGCCCCCGGCAACGAGGGCAACUGCGACCGCUGGGAAUUCCCCAGAUACCGUUUGAAGUUCUUCAAUAUUCUGGGCGAAGGAGCCUUUGGGCAGGUUUGGCGCUGCGAGGCCACCAACAUAAAUGACACUGAAGGCAUCACCACAGUGGCCGUUAAGACCCUCAAGGAAAGCGCCACCGAAGUGGAUCGCAAGGACCUGCUUUCCGAGUUAGAGGUAAUGAAGUCUUUAGAGCCACACGUCAAUGUGGUUCGUCUGUUGGGCUGUUGCACGGAUAAAGAUCCCACAUUUGUGAUUCUGGAGUAUGUGAAUCGAGGAAAGUUACAAACAUAUUUACGCAGUUCACGUGCCGAGAGACACUAUGGCAAUACCCAUGGAAAGUCAAAUGUUUUGACUUCCUGCGACUUGACAUCCUUUAUGUACCAAGUAGCCAAGGGAAUGGACUACCUUACAUCGCGUGGAAUAAUCCAUCGGGAUCUAGCGGCUAGAAAUAUUCUAAUCACAGAGGAUCAUACCUGCAAGGUGGCUGACUUUGGCUUUGCCCGAGAUGUGAUCACCUCGAAGAUCUACGAGAGAAAGAGCGAAGGCAAGCUGCCCAUAAGAUGGAUGGCCACCGAAUCGCUGUAUGACAAUAUAUUCUCCGUAAAAUCGGAUAUCUGGAGCUUUGGCAUACUCAUGUGGGAGAUUGUGACUCUGGGCUCCACGCCAUAUCCAGGGAUAUCAGCAGCUGAUGUUAUGCGAAAGGUUAGAGAUGGUUAUCGCCUGGAGAAACCGGAGCACUGCCGUCGGGAGCUGUACAACAUUAUGUAUUACUGUUGGUCACACGAUCCCCAGGAGCGGCCACUUUUCGCGGAAAUAAUCCAGAUGCUGGACAAGCUGCUGCACACCGAAAUGGACUAUAUUGAACUAGAGCGGUUCCCCGAUCACAAUUACUAUAAUAUCGUUAGUCUAAGCGGUGAGAAGCUGUAGACGAACAGACCUUCUGAGCACUGAACCCCCCAAGAGCUUUAUUACCUCCAAAAGACUACCGAGAGUCUUGGUUCCAUACUUGAAUUUGAAUAGCUGGGUCUUGCUGGGUCUUGACUGCCAUUGUAUUUUUGUGGGUACCAAAUUAUAAUAUACCUGGGAAUAUCAGCAACCCUUCAAAUACUCCAGUUUCGAAUGCAUUUUGAAUUCCUGUUUACUUGUAAGAUAAUGGAGCCUGCAUGUUUGAAAUGUGUUCAAGUUUUAUUUAUUCGAUUCGUAUUAUGUACUUUAAUUUAUCAAUCGCGUGUAUAAAGUUGUAAUUUAUAAUGUAUUAUUGUUAAAAAU